UAAAAGUCGGAAGGAUGUUUGUAGCUGUUUCUGUGCUUGUAUUGUUUUUGUUCGAGUGUGUCGCGGAUGACUACUAUUACACCCCAUACAAUGUAACUCGACCAACACUAUCCGGUAUUGCCGCCUAUCGAUCUUCGUUAACACUGGAUUGGAUAGCCGCGGAGGAUUCCCGUCAAAGAGAACUGGCAGCUGCCUUUGAGACGGACUUAGCUCCUGCCAAAGUCCUUAGCACUGAUUGUAUCGCUUAUCCUAGACCAGCACCAGGAAAAAUUGGAAGACUAAUGCUGGAAUUGCUUAAGAAUUUAGAAGGCGAUGAUGGAAUAUUGAUUCCUGAACUGAUUCAAGCUUUGAUUCGAACGAAAUUGUUAGUUGAUACUUCGAUUUUGGAGUCAGAACCGGAUUUUGAUUCCUUGGUUAAGACGCCUGGUGUUAUGAUGGGAGAACCACAUACAACAUUUCCAAGAGUCCUAUCCAUAGUUUGGAUGCUUGUGAAUGACGCAGCCACAACAAGAAAAAUUGGCUGGUGUCCAAUAAAAAAGGUAUUAAGAAGAAAAGGUUGA